AUAAUUUAAAUAAUUGCCAAAUUUUCAUUAAAAAAGCUGAAAAGUUUAAAAUACUAUAAAAAAAAGUGCAACGUGUUUAAAAUUUAAAAAAUAACUAAAAAAUUUACUAUUUGAAAAAAGUGAAAAUCAAUGACUCGCCUAUAAAAGUGUUAAUCCUAAGGAUUACUCUCUACAAAUCAUUACUAAACCGAAAAGGUCCAUAAAUUCUUUUCACAUAAAUUAAGGCCAAAUUUUAUUUGGCCCACUCACCGCCAACAUGUCGUCCGUUAAAGUGGCGGUUCGAGUGCGACCCUUUAACUCAAGGGAAAUCAGUCGAGAAUCAAAAUGUAUUAUAGAAAUGUUCGAUGGCACCACCACCGCCAUAACAAAUCCAAAAGUUCCACCCAAUUCCAGUGAAGCUAUAAAACGUUUCAAUUUUGAUUAUUCCUAUUGGUCACAUAAUCCCAAAGAUCCUGACUUUUCCACACAGGCUAUGGUCUAUAAAGAUAUAGGCGAAGAAAUGUUACAGCAUUCCUUUGAUGGCUAUAAUGUGUGUAUAUUUGCCUAUGAGACAGGAGCUGGUAAAUCUUAUACCAUGAUGGGUAAACAGGAAGAACAUCAAGAGGGUAUAAUACCCAUGAUCUGUAAAGAUCUAUUCAAUCGUAUACGUUCCACAGAAACGGGAGAAUUAAAAUAUUCGGUCGAGGUCUCUUAUAUGGAAAUCUAUUGCGAACGAGUGCGUGAUUUGUUAAAUCCCAAAAAUAAGGGUAAUUUACGUGUAACGUGAACAUCCUUUAUGGGUCCCUAUGUAGAGGAUCUCUCCAAACUGGCUGUAACCAGUUACGAAGAUAUACACGAUCUCAUAGAUGAGGGUAAUAAGGCCCGUACAGUGGCCGCCACUAACAUGAAUGAGACCAGUUCUCGUUCUCAUGCUGUCUUCACUAUAUUCUUUACCCAAGACGUCAUGACACCAUGAGAUUUGAUUACCGAAAAGGUGUCGAAAAUCAGUUUAGUCGAUUUGGCCGGUUCCGAAAGAGCCGAUUCGACUGGAGCCAAGGGUACACGUCUUAAGGAGGGUGCUAACAUCAAUAAAUCCCUGACAACAUUGGGCAAAGUUAUUUCUGCUCUAGCUGAAAUUGCUUCCAAAAGUAAAAAAUCUAAAAAAGCUGAUUUUAUACCUUAUCGCGAUUCGGUUUUAACCUGGUUGCUGCGCGAAAAUUUAGGUGGUAAUUCCAAAACUGCUAUGAUAGCAGCCAUAUCACCAGCAGAUAUUAAUUAUGAUGAGACUUUAAGUACUUUGAGAUAUGCCGAUCGUGCUAAACAAAUUGUUUGCAAAGCUGUGGUCAAUGAAGAUGCCAAUGCUAAACUUAUACGCGAACUUAAGGAGGAAAUUCAAAAAUUACGCGAUCUUUUGAAGGCCGAAGGCAUUGAAGUACAAGAAGAAGAUGAAAUUAAAAAUGGCGGUGGUGGAGGAGGCGGUGUUGUGGUGGGCAGUGUAGGAGGCGGGGCGAAUAAUAUGAAAUCGCCCACUAAUGGCCGUAAUCGUAAUGGUUCUACCACUGAAAUGGCCGUAGAUCAAUUGCAGGCUAGUGAGAAAUUGAUAGCGGAAUUAAACGAAACCUGGGAAGAAAAACUUAAGCGUACCGAAGAAAUACGCUUACAACGUGAAGCGGUCUUUGCCGAAAUGGGCGUGGCUGUUAAAGAAGAUGGCAUAACUGUGGGUGUUUUCUCUCCCAAGAAAACUCCUCAUUUAGUUAAUUUGAAUGAAGAUCCCAAUCUAUCUGAAUGUCUACUCUACUAUAUAAAAGAUGGCAUUACUCGCUUGGGCACCCAUGAGGCUAAUGUUCCCCAAGACAUACAACUCUCCGGUUCACAUAUUUUAAAAGAGCACUGCACCUUUGAAAAUCGUAAUAAUGCGGUAACUCUAAUACCCCAUAAAGAUGCUUGUUAUUUAAACGGACGCAAAUUAGUGGAACCGGAAAUUUUACGUACUGGUUCUCGUGUUAUUUUGGGCAAGAAUCAUGUAUUCCGUUUUACUAAUCCCGAGCAGGCUCGUGAAAUACGUGAGAAAAUCACCGAGAAUGCAGAGAAUGAAAAUGAGAAAUGUGAUACCCAGGAAGUAGAUUGGAAUUUCGCUCAGUGUGAGUUAUUAGAGAAGCAGGGUAUUGAUUUGAAGGCCGAAAUGCAAAAGCGUUUGGAUGUUUUGGAAGAGCAGUAUAAAAGGGAAAAAUUGCAGGCCGAUCAAGAGUUUGAGGAGCAACGUAAAUCCUAUGAGGCCCGCAUUGAUGCUUUGCAAAAGCAGGUAGAAGAACAGUCCAUGACCAUGUCCAUGUACAGCAGCUAUACUCCUGAGGACUUGCAGGAUGAGGAAGUUUAUUCCAAUCCUCCCUAUGAAUCUUGCUGGACUGCCCGUGAGGCUGGCUUGGCUGCCUGGGCCUUCCGCAAAUGGCGUUAUCAUCAAUUCACCUCUUUGCGUGAUGAUCUCUGGGGCAAUGCCAUCUUCCUUAAAGAGGCUAAUGCCAUUUCUGUGGAAUUGAAAAAGAAAGUUCAAUUCCAGUUUACUCUACUAACCGAUACUCUCUACUCUCCUUUGCCGCCUGAGUUGGCCUCGGCCGUUUCACCUUUGCAAACUGAGGAUGAGUUUGGUUCACCUCCCGUGUCCAAGACUUUGGUGGCCGUAGAGGUAACUGAUACCAAAAAUGGCGCCACUCACUAUUGGUCUUUGGAGAAAUUGCGUUAUCGUUUGGAAAUGAUGCGACAAAUUUAUAAUGUGGAAUCACCACCAUCAUCAAUGCUCUAUGAUACGUCAGCUUUAAAUGAUGUACAAUUACAAAAUUCUUCUUGUAUUUCUCUGAAUCCUUCCAAUACUUUCAACACCGCCUCAACUUCAACUAAUACAACUCCGACUACGACAAAUUCUAAUGCUACUAAUACUAAUAAUAAUACAGCUGCUAUUUUAUCCUCAGCUACUGCUAAUUUAUAUGAAAGUGGUCUUUAUAAUUUACAAGAAUUAACUAGAAAUUGUCAUUUGGGACAACAAAAUGUUGUUGUAGUGCCAACGAAACAAUCAACCGUUAAUGCGACAACAAAAUCCAUAUUAUCGAAAUCAAACAACAGUUCACCAUCCCGUUUGUCAUUGGCAAAUCUUAUGCCUUCUAGACAACGUCUUGAAUUGAUGCGUGAAAUGUAUCACAAUGAAGCUGAACUUAGUCCCACUUCACCCGAUUAUAAUGUUGAGUCUUUAACUGGUGGUGAUCCCUUCUAUGAUCGUUUCCCCUGGUUCCGUAUGGUGGGCAGAUCAUUUGUUUAUCUCAGUAAUCUAUUGUAUCCCGUACCAUUGGUCCAUAAAGUGGCCAUUGUUAAUGAGAGAGGUGAUGUACGGGGUUAUUUGCGUAUAGCUGUACAACCGGUUUUGGAUGAGGAGUCUUUGGACUUUAAUAAUGGUGUUAAACAAUCGGCUCGUUUGAUUUUCAAUGAGGAUGAUGCUAAACCCAAAUAUCGGGCUUUGAAUGAGAAAGAUGAUGUUCAACGUUAUAUUGACAAUGGUGGCAUGGAUUCGAAAUUAGAAGAACUUGGAGAUGCAGAUUCUGGACGUGGUAUUGAUUCUAAUUCAGCCUCUGAAUGCCAGGAAACACAAGAUGAACCAGGCGAACAUUUGCAAGUGGGCAAAGAGUUUACAUUCCGUGUUACGGUUCUACAGGCCACUGGUAUUGGUGCCGAAUAUGCCGAUAUAUUCUGUCAGUUUAAUUUCUUACAUCGCCAUGAGGAGGCUUUCUCUACUGAACCGGUAAAGAAUUCGGCUGGUGAUCGUUUGGGUUUCUAUCAUGUACAAAAUAUAACUGUACCCGUUACGAAAUCUUUCAUUGAGUAUUUGAAAACUCAACCGAUUAUGUUUAAAGUAUUCGGUCAUUAUCAAACACAUCCUUUGCAUAAGGAUGCUAAACAAGAGUUUGUUUCCAGACCACCACCAAGACGCAUGUUACCACCAAGUAUACCGAUAUCGCAACCAGUACGUAGUCCCAAAUUUGGUCCACUACCUUGUCCUCCAUCCUCUACGGUAUUGGCGAAACAUGAUGUUUUGGUAUGGUUUGAAAUAUGUGAAUUAGCACCCAAUGGUGAAUAUGUGCCAGCGGUUGUUGAACAUAGCGAUGAUCUUCCUUGCCGUGGUCUAUUCCUUUUGCAUCAAGGCAUUCAAAGACGUAUACGCAUAACCAUUGUCCAUGAGCCUACACCUGAGGUUAAGUGGAAAGAUAUUCGUGAAUUGGUGGUGGGACGUAUACGCAAUACUCCUGAGUCAUCGGAAGAUGAUGAAGACUCUUGUGUUUUGUCUUUGGGUCUAUUUCCGGGUGAGGUUUUGGAAGUACCCGGUGAUGAUCGUUCAUUCUUUAGAUUUGAGGCUGCCUGGGAUUCUAGUCUUCAUAAUUCAGCUCUUUUGAAUCGUGUAUCUCAGGGUGGAGAAACUGUUUACAUUACUUUGAGCGCCUAUUUGGAGUUGGAGAAUUGUGCUCGUCCUGCUAUCAUAACCAAAGAUUUAAGCAUGAUUAUUUAUGGUCGUGAUGCUCGUACUGGUCCACGCUCCUUGAAACAUCUCUUCUCUGGUCAAUAUCGUAAUCCAGAGGCAAAUCGUUUGUCUGGAGUUUAUGAAUUAUCCUUGAGAAGAGCAUCAGAUGCAGGUAGUCCAGGUGUUCAACGUCGUCAACGACGUGUACUCGACACCAGCUCAACUUAUGUACGCGGUGAGGAAAAUCUUCACGGCUGGCGUCCACGCGGCGAUUCCUUAAUCUUUGAUCAUCAAUGGGAAUUAGAGAAAUUGACACGCCUCGAAGAAGUAGGACGUGUACGUCAUUUAUUGUUAUUACGCGAACGUUUGGGUAUGGACAAUCCAAAUCCUACAACAAAAACCGAAAAAGAUGUUUGUAAUUUGGCAGCCAAGGCGGCUACAUCACCAGUACACAUGGUUAUACCACCAUCACCACAGACACCCGUUAAGGAUCCACAACAGAUAAUGCCCGAACGUGAAUAUAAUGAACGUGAAAAGGAACUAAUGAUGAAAUGUUUGAAAUUGGUGCAAGGACGUUAUCAAAAAUCUGAAAAUUCCGAUAAUCAAACUCAAUCGGAUGUUUCACCCAGUGAUGAGGGCUGUGCUGAUAUGACAGUCAGUUGCAUAUCCAGCAAUUCCAUGGAAAGAAGGUUAUGCUCUCCAGAUCGUGCUGAUGCUCCCAAUGGCUGGGAAGCUCCUGCUCCCGCCACACAACCAGCUCUCCCUCUUCGCUUGUAUGUACCCGAAUUGGAAGAAAUUCGCGUUAGUCCUGUGGUGGCACGCAAGGGUCUUUUGAACGUUUUGGAACAUGGCGGCUCUGGCUGGAAGAAACGUUGGGUGAUUGUACGUCGUCCUUAUGUUUUCAUUUACAAAUCCGAAAAGGAUCCUGUGGAACGAGCUGUCUUAAAUUUGGGCACAGCUCAAGUUGAAUGCAGUGAAGAUCAAGCAGCUAUGGUUAAAAUACCAAACACAUUCAGUGUGGUCACCAAACAUCGUGGUUAUCUGUUACAAACCUUGGGCGAUAAGGAAGUACAUGAUUGGUUAUAUGCCAUUAAUCCAUUAUUAGCUGGACAAAUAAGAUCUCGUUUAGCUAGACGCACACAAGAGUCGGCUUCACAAACAGCCUCUCAAAUACAAGCAACAACUGCUACAAAUACAGGUUCGAAUAAUAAAUGAGAUACAAUAACGAUGGAAUCCGUUUUAGUAUAUUAAUAACAUUUAAUAAAAGAUUAAAGCUAAAAUAAUUAAAGAUAUGAAACUGAAUAUUAAAAAUCAACAAAUUUAAACCGAUUAU